AUGGCCGCGCAGAGCCCCGCGGACACCCUGCGCAGCGAAACCUCCUGCUCCAUCUGCCUCGGUUACUUCCAGGACCCGGUCUCCAUCCCCUGCGGACACCACUUCUGCCGCGCCUGCAUCUCCCGCUGCUGGGAAGGGCUGGAAGCGCCCUUCUGCUGCCCCCAGUGCCGGCACCCGGCUCCGCAGCGCAGCCUCCGGCCCAGCCGCGAACUGGGGAACAUCGCGCUCAUCGCCCGCAGGAUGAGCCUGGGAGGAAGAGGAGGAGGAGGAGGAGGAGGAGGGGGGUGGGAGGCGCUCUGCGAGCAGCACCAGGAGGCCCUGAAGCUCUUCUGCACCGAGGACCUGCAGCCCAUCUGCGUGGUGUGCGACCGGGCCCGUGCCCACCGCGGCCACAGCGUGGUCCCCAUCGAGGAAGCUGCCGAGAAGUACAAGGAAGAAAUCCUGAGCUGCCUGCGGGCUCGGAGGGAGGAGAGGGAAAAGUACCUGGAAAGCAGGAAUGCCGCAGGAAGGAGGAGCCCGUACCUGGAGCGGACCCGGAGCGAGGGCAGGAGGAUGGCGGCCGAGUUCCAGCAGCUGCAGCGGCUCCUGCGGGAGCAAGAGCGCCUCCUGCUGGCGGAGCUGGCGCAGCUGGACCGCGCCAUCGGCCGGGCGCAGGAGGAGGCGGCGGCCGCGGUGGCGGAGGAGAUGUCCCGGCUCGACACCGUCCUGUGGGAGAUGGAGGGCACGUUCCAGCAGCCCCCGAGCCUCUUCCUGCAGGACAUCAGAAGACUCUUGGAGAGCUGUGAGAUGAUGAAGUUCAAGCCGCCGGCAGAGAUCUCCUCCCAUCUGGAAAGGAGACUUGAGGACUUUGUGCAGAGGAACGCGCUGGUGAGGGGCACGUUGAGGAGGUGCCAAGACAGCCUGAUGUUUAAACUGCAAGAGCCAACCAACGUCACCCUGGACCCCUCCACGGCUCACCCCAACCUCCGCAUCUCCGAGGACCUCAGGGAGGCCCGAGGCCACCUCCGGGCGCAGGACGUGCAGGACACCCCGUGGAGGUUCGACUACGAGCCCUGCGUGCUGGGGCAGCCGGGCUUCACCUCGGGCAGGCACUUCUGGGACGUGGACGUGGGGCAGGGGGGGGUCUGGGCGCUGGGGGUGGCCCGAGCAUCCUUGCCCAGGAAGGGACCCCUGAGCCUCACGCCCAAGGAGGGCGUUUGGGCGCUGGAGGCUUUCCACUCGCUCGCGUCCCCCCGCGCCAGCGCGCGCCCCAGCCCGGUCCCCAGCAGGAUCCGGGUGGCCCUGGACUACGAAGGGGGCCGGGUGGCGUUCUUCAGCGCUGCCGCCGCCGAGGUUCCCCUCCUGGUUCACACCAGAGCCUCCUUCAACGGGGAGCGGCUCCUGCCCUGGUUCAAGGUGGGGAUGGGCGCUCGCCUGCAGGACGUGAGCCAAGCACGGCCCUCGGAGGAGCAGCCCCUGAGCGGGGGGCUCAUGGCCCCCCUGGACUGGGUUGGGUUCGGGGUCCCGCUCCGCAUCUGCCCUUGAGGUGGGGGUCAAGCCCCA